GCAGGAACGGGCUGGAGACAGACGGGGACCAAGGACUGGAACAGACGGAAGGCUGACGGGCUGGAGUAUCAAGCAGGUGGCGGUAAAAACCAACAGUAUGUUUUACGUCUUACAAACUACUGAAGAAGAAGAAGAACGUCAAACGAGUGCUGCGGCCAACAUAUGCGGGAAACGCGAACUCAUUUUCAGGUACAUUAUGGACUCAUCUCUGCUUUCUGUUGCUGAGCAGCUUUUGAAAGACCUUCAGAGAACUUACUCAGAGACGAAUAAAGUACCAGAUGACCUACUAAUAGCAUUGCGAUUUGUGUUUGGCCCAUGUGCUCUUCAGGCAUUGGAUCUGGUGGACCAACGGUCUGUCACAUGCAUGUCAUCUCCCAGCAGUCGAAAGGCUUUUCAGGUAUUAGGUGGAUCAGGGCAUCUGUACACGUGCUUCACGUCCUGUCACUACUGCCCAUGCCCCGCCUUCACUUUCUCUGUGCUUAGGAGAAAUGAGAGUCUGAUGUGUAAGCACCUCCUGGCGGCCUGCUUGAGUCAGGCCAUGGGAUUGUGCCAGCAGGAGCAGGUCUCAGAUCAGCAGAUGACCCACAUUCUCUCAGGGCAAACUGAGGCCAGCACAUAAAUAGCUGAUCCUGAAGUUGACUUUAAUAAGAACUACCUUGCAGCAAUUCAGGUAUUUUAUUAUGGAUUAGACUGGACUUAAUUGUCAU